CACUGAGACGUGGCUUCAUGUCACACUGAAGGUAAACAAGCUGCUGACGGAACACAAGGCUGUGGAACACACCAGAACCACGGAACCCACCAGAACCAGCAGACUGCGGCAAGCUGACUGAAUACAUUCGUUCCACAGGCGAAAUGACCACGAGGUUGGAGAAGAGAAUGGACGUCCCAGUGCCUGACCUCUCACUGAUCCGGGGUUUGUGGGAGGUCCGAGUGAAGAAGUACAAGCACAAACUGAGGACGGAGAAGGAGAGGGUGGAGAAGAGUGCUCUCGUUAAGAUCAACAAGCAGUGGCAGUACCGUAUCCACUGCAAGGCUCUUAAGUCCAGUGAGGUGACGGUGCUGCAUCACAACCUGGAUAGGACCCCUCUGCAGGACAUCCAACCCUGCCAGGAAAAAGAUUCAGAGGCGCAGGAUGAAGACAGCAGGUUCAUCUUUGAGCUGGAUGGAGACAAAUGGACUAAGCUCCCUGACACCCUUGAGUGCAUGACGUACCUGAGGGAGUGGCACAUCCGAGGAACCAGGAUCCAGCAGCUGCCGGAGUACAUCAUGGACUUCCAGGACCUCACCGUUCUGGAGAUCCCCAAGAACGGACUCAGGAAGCUCCCUGUGGAGAUAGGCAAGUUGACCCAGCUGAGGGAGCUGAACGUGAACUACAACAAGCUGAGCAGCGUGCCUCCCGAGCUGGGGGACUGUGAGAGCCUGGAGCGUCUGGAGCUCACAGGCAACCUCAGCCUCAGAGAGCUGCCCUUUGAGCUGAGCAGCCUGAAGAAGCUAAAGCACCUGGAUCUAGCAGAGAACAAGUUUGCCAGCAUCCCCAUCUGUGCUCUUCGUAUGGCCAGCCUGCAGCUGUUGGACCUGAGCAACAAUCAGCUGACAGACCUGCCAGAGGAUAUGGACAGGUUACAGGAGUUGGACACUCUGUUCGUCCACAAGAACAAGAUGUCCUACCUACCACUGUCUCUGUCCAAACUCCACAACCUCAAGAUGGUUGUUGUCAGUGCAGACGAGCUGAACAGCUACCCCUCCAAACUAACAGAAUCCUCUGACAUCAAGUUCAUCCGUCUCUAUGACAACCCUUUCCACAAGGUGAAAGGGGAGGAAGAGGCUGUCAGAAAGGAAGAUCAUGAGAAGGAGUUCAUGCAGACAUACAUUAACUCCCUCCAGGACAGAGAAACGGUUCCCUACUCCACCACCAAAGUUUCCAUCUCUUGUCUGCUGUGAUGGAAGGAUGCCCGAGGCGAAGGAGAGAGCGGAUGCAACGACGGAGGGAUUAAGGGAGAGAAGGACGAAUGGAGGACAGCACAUCUCUCUGCCUAAAUCCCACAUCCGUGAGACAGACUGUGAGAGCUAUGGAGGUAGAACUCUGUGGUGGGAUUCUAGAACUGCACUUAUGCGAAAAACCUCAAUGAUGGCCUCUUCAUGGGUUUCUAUAGUGAUAGUGGAAUCCAAGAACCCACACUCACUCACAAUGGUGAUGCAUACAAAGAGGAAUGUAAGAAUGAGCAUGGAGCCCUCACAUGAUUCCUUUCGCCACGCCUGAGAACGAAUUUGAUUUUUUGUACGUUUUGCUUCAUUGCAGCCUCUACUAUCUAUUUUUGGACUGAAGGCAUCAAAUGCUUCGUAAAAUGACAGUUGCUUUUGAAAGGGAGGCCUGUGGAACUUCUCUCCAGCUUUGAGUACCGCUCUGCUUGUUGUUCCUCGGAUUUUGCUGAAAGUAUAGGUUUAAAGCAGUUUAGGCUGGCUUCUCACUUGUGAUUUGCCUCUCGACUAUCCUUUGAGAGAAACGCUGUAUGUACUUUCUAUGGUGUUGUGCUGUGACCAAACUCUUGUUGCCCAGGUAGGCUUACUUUUCCGUAUCGUCUCAAGAGGGUUUAUUGGUGGAGAAUUAGAAGCAGUUUAUCACAUCCUGUUCUCAGGAGUAGUAGACAAUACCGUGAGCGACAGCUUUGUUAUUGUGAUUUGACUGUCCUCAGAUUUAGCUGUGCGUAGGAUGUGGUUUUAACACUGCUUGUCAUGCCGUAAGAUAUGCCUACUUGUGCAAUCGAUAUCAUGCCAGCAAACAAUAUUUAAUUAUAAGAUUGAAUGGAUUUUUAAAGAAUGAAAGGCUUCUUGUGAAUAAAGAGAAUAAAGACAACAAUUAAAUUACA